AUGGACAACUCCUUUGUGGAAGAAGUGGCUGCAUCACUGGUGAGAGAAUUUCUCAGUAGAAAGGGUUUGAAGAAAACCAUCACUACCAUGGACCGAGAACUUCCACGUUCUGCACUUAGCAUCAAUAACAGGAAUGAACUUCGAAAUGUCCUACAUCUGCACUCCUUGUACAAACAGAACAAGGCAAAGGAGAACCCACUGAAAACACUUCUUGAAAUUAUUACCAAUUACUUCCUUGAGCACCGUGGGACUUCCAGAAGCAUCAGUUCAAGUUCUGCUCCGUCAGCUCCUCAGAGUAAGAGCUCAACAUCUCAUCCAUCUGACUUCUCGGAUGGAGAUCAUAUCCAGGGGAGUGCCAUUAUGCCCGAUGAAAGUGAAACUCCAGCCACCAGAUAUGAUGUUGAGAAUCCACUAGAUAAAAUCCUCCCAUCCAGAAAAUAUCAGCACAGAAGUGAAAAAUGCCACACGGGGACAAUACAGAACAGCCACUUACCCUCUGAUGGGGAUAAGAAGUUAAAAGAUAGUCGAGAAGAUUUAAAAGCGGCAACAAUUUCUGAGGAGCUGAAAUCCACAGUGAAGGAGAAAUCAAAGCCCAGGUCUGGUCUUAUUGUCAGAGGAAUGAUGGCUGGACCAGUCGCAAGUUCCCCAGAGGAUCUGCAGAAAAGGAGGCUUUCAAAACGAUCCAUUAGCAUAAGCAGUACAGGACAGUUCAAGGGUGAAGAACAGGAAGAAAAUUACCUGAGUGUUCCAAGUGCUGAUUUUCAAGAAAGCAAAGGAUCUUCAGGACAACUAAAUAUGGAGUUUGCAUCAAAGACUAUGCCAAGCUCACACACAAGUUCAGCCUCUGAAAAACUAAGAAGCAUCCCCAAAGAUACAGAUGACUCUUUUGCCAAACUGCUGUCUGAAAAAGAGAGAACCAAGACAGAAGACAGAAAAUCAGUGCCAAGCUUUGGUACAGACAGCAAUGAAAAAAGCCUUAAAGUGAGUGCCCCUCACAGACAUUCAGGAGCUGGAAGAGAGAAGAGAGAAAGAUCCCUCAGGAAAAAUGAGAGUUGUUUGUCAGGCCACAGGAAAUCUCCACCAUCCACUUGCUAUAAAGAAGACCAGACGAAAGAUGUCCUAGAAUUAGUUGAUGUUGAGGGUGAAGAAACAACUGGAGAAAUCAGUAAGAGCAUGGAUCUUUCAACACUGUAUGUGCUUCAAGUGGUACCAAAGGCAAUUGAUAUUUCUCUUGCAAAA